CCCUCUGGAUUUGACUUUUGUAACCACAGCCAAGCAGAAGAUGGAAGCUCGCAAAGGACUGUGGGAGCUGAUGACUGUAUCCACCUCCCAGAUCCAAGAGUGGAGGCUGCUGCUCUUCAGCAAGUUUGUUGUGUUGAGAGCCCAGGAGAAGGUGGAUGAGUGGCUGCAGCAGGCGGUAUCCCUGGCCAGGACCAUCCCAUCCCGAGAUGCUGUGCUGCAGGAGACCCUGGGGAUCCUUGAGCGUUUCAACCAGCAGCUCCCUGUGCUGGCCAAACUCAGCAGCCCCACACUCAAACACAAACACUGGAGGAACAUCUUCAAAGGUAUGGGGUUACUUUAUGCACCAGAGUGGAACCUCACUGUAGCUGACCUGAUGUCCAAGAAGCUGAGAGAGCACCAGAAUAAAAUCAGCAAGAUUUGCCAGGAGGCUAAGGCAGAGGCGGACAUGGAGCAGGCCUUCAGGAAGCUUCAGAGACGCUGGGAGGGGGCACUGUUCCGACUGGCCAAGUUCAUUGUUACUGUUUGGCAGGAAGAUAAACCACAGCUUGGUGCCACACGGAGAAAGAAGCCCACUAAUGGCCUGGUCUCAAACUACCAAACACCCAAACAGCACUCUCGUGACAGUGGCACCUUCACCAUCAUUGGUCUGGAGACACUCCUGGCUCAGACACAGGACAGUGUAAUGACUCUGUCCAACAUGCUGCUCUCUCCUCACGUUGCUGAGUUCAGGCUGGAGGUGGAACACUGGGUGCAGCUGUUGCAAGAACUGGGUAAUGUAAACUAGGCUACACCCCCAAAAUGUCAAAGUGCACUACUUUUGACCAGACCCCUAGUAAUCAAAAAGCUUGGGAAGAUAGAUCUUUCUUUACAUAAAUAUGACUGUUUUCAAGACCAUACUGUUUAACAAUGUCCUC